AUGUUAACCAAGAAGCCCGGAGCCUCGGUCCUCCACACGGGCAAAGCGGGCGAGCCGAACUACUCCACAUCUCCUCCCGGCACCCUGCCUCCUCUACGUAGCAGCAACCUCAACCCUCUGACGGGGGGUUCUAAAGCCAGCAUGUCCGACACAGUGCAGCUCUCUCCACCGUCACAUCAUCAGCUGUAUGAGGAGAACUCCAAUAAGCGCCCCGUUCUAACCUCACAACCCAAUGGACUGGCACCUGUCGGCUCCACUCGGCCAGGUCUGUCUUCCUCUGAGAGGCAAACCUCCAGCUCUGACCCCCUCCACUAUCGCCUUGGCAGUGGUACAUCGAACAAAUCGAACGACUGCAAGCUCAAAUCCAUGUCCAUGACCCCAGACCAGGCUAUGAAGCAGUUUAUGUCCAAAAUGUCAUCGUUUGAACACCAUGAGAUUUUCAGCUACCCUGAAGUGUUUUUUGUUGGCCCAAAUGCCAAGAAAAGAUCCGGAGUAAUGGGAGGCACCAACAACGGCGGAUACGAUGACGAUCAGGGGUCAUACAUUCAAGUUCCCCAUGACCAAGUUUCUUAUCGUUAUGAGGUUUUGAAAGUUAUUGGAAAAGGAAGCUUUGGACAGGUGGUAAAAGCCUUUGAUCACAAAACGCAGACCCACGUGGCCUUAAAGAUGGUGCGCAACGAAAAGCGUUUUCAUCGGCAGGCUGCCGAAGAAAUCCGCAUCUUGGAGCACCUGAGAAAGCAGGAUAAAGAUUCUGCAAUGAAUGUGAUUCAUAUGCUGGAGAAUUUCACUUUCAGAAAUCACAUUUGUAUGACAUUUGAACUGCUUAGCAUGAACCUUUAUGAACUGAUAAAGAAGAAUAAGUUCCAAGGAUUUAGCCUUCCACUGGUCAGGAAGUUUGCCCACUCCAUCCUGCAAUGUUUGGAUGCUCUGCACAAGAACCGCAUCAUCCACUGUGAUCUAAAGCCUGAGAACAUACUUCUCAAACAGCAAGGACGAAGUGGAAUCAAGGUGAUAGAUUUUGGAUCCAGUUGUUAUGAACAUCAGAGAGUUUACACCUAUAUUCAGUCCCGCUUCUACAGAGCACCAGAGGUUAUUCUAGGUUCAAGGUAUGGAAUGCCGAUCGACAUGUGGUCACUGGGUUGCAUCCUGGCUGAGCUCCUGACCGGUUAUCCUUUGCUGCCGGGUGAGGAUGAAGCUGACCAACUGGCCUGCAUCAUUGAACUCCUGGGAUACCCUCGGUACUGCACUGUCACAACAUUGCCUGACGGUACAGCUGUGCUUAAUGGUGGGCGCUCACGCAGGGGUAAAGUGCGUGCCCCUCCCUCUGGUAAAGACUGGAGUGUAGCAUUAAAGGGCUGUGAUGAUCAACUAUUUCUAGACUUCCUGAAACAGUGUUUGGAGUGGGACCCAUCCCUCAGGAUGACACCUAGCCAAGCACUUCGCCACCCAUGGUUGAGGCGACGGCUCCCCAAGCCCCCAACAGGGGGCACUACCAUUGUGGAUAAAACCUCAUCUUCCAAAAGGACGACCACUGACGGAGGCGUCACCUCCAUCUCUAAGCCCACCACAACGUCCUCCAAAACCAGAACUAACCUGGCAGCCAUUACAGAUGCCAAUGGAAACAUCCAAACAAGGACAGUUUUGCCUAAGCUGGUUAGCUGA